AUGCAGGGUGAGCAAGGUAUCCUUGUUUUUCUGAAGAUGACAGGCAUCACCCUGUGUUUUGCCGUAGAAAACUGCCAGGUGAUGUCCCUGAGGCAAUGCACCGGAGGGGCGGGAGCCCCCGGCCCGUGCCAAUGGCUGCCGGGACCGGCACCGCCCCCGCCAGCCCCGGGGGAGGGAGCGGGGCUCGGGGCCGUGAAAGCCUCAUUCAUCGCCGGCGGCGGACAGGCACGGCCGGGCCCCGCCAUGCGCCGCGCCCCGCUGCUGCUCCUGGCGCUGCUGCUGGGCACGGGCCUCGCCGACAGCCCGCGGGGCAAACAACGAGCGGCGCGGCCGCGGGACGUGCUGGAGGCGUACAACGGCGUCUGCCUGCAGGGCCCCAGCGGCGUCCCCGGACGGGACGGGAACCCUGGAACCAACGGGAUCCCGGGGACGCCGGGAAUCCCGGGGCGGGACGGGGCCAAGGGGGAAAAGGGCGAGUGCAUGCGGGAGAGCGUGGAGGAGUCCUGGACGCCCAACUUCAAGCAGUGCUCGUGGAGUGCGCUCAACUACGGCAUCGACCUGGGGAAAAUAGCGGAAUGUACGUUCACAAAGAUGCGCUCCAACAGUGCCCUCAGAGUCCUGUUCAGUGGGUCGCUCAGGCUGAAGUGUCGAAGUGCCUGUUGUCAGCGCUGGUACUUCACUUUCAAUGGAGCAGAAUGUGCCGGGCCGCUUCCCAUCGAAGCCAUAAUAUAUUUAGAUCAAGGCAGUCCAGAACUGAAUUCUACUAUCAACAUACACCGAACCUCCUCAGUGGAAGGUCUGUGUGAAGGGAUCAACGCCGGCCUGGUGGACAUCGCCAUCUGGGUCGGGACUUGCGCUGACUACCCCAGGGGAGAUGCUUCUACUGGCUGGAAUUCAGUCUCCCGUAUCAUCAUCGAAGAACUGCCGAAAUAACCCACCCCGUUUUUUAUAAUCCCUAUUUUUAUUUUGUACAAUGUUCUACAAAGGUUAUUUAGAGUUGGAUGCAAGUUUUUGUCUAUGAGGCACCGAACUUCACGCCUGUAGCGUUUGUCUGAGCUUUUUUAUGCACUUUGCAGAGGCUUUUUAUAAUAAUCAGUAUAGAAUAUAAAUAUAAAAAACAACUUCAUUAACUUUUCCUAUCCCUUUUUUGAUAUAUGAAAAUAUACCACCGCCGUUUUUAAGAGUUAAGUGUAAUUUUUUUGUAUCAAAUAAAGAAGACUUUUUUCCAUAAAAUAA